AUGGCCGAGAACGCGGAGAAGUACUCGGUACUCAUUGACUUAACGGCCGGCACGGUCGGCGGCAUUGCCGGCGUCGUUGUGGGACAGCCUUUUGACACGGUCAAAGUGCGGCUGCAGACGUACAGCAAGUACUACAAUGGCGCUCUCGACUGCACCCGUCAGACUUGGAAGCAUGAAGGCUUUCAGGGUUUCUUCAGGGGCAUGACGUCCCCGUUGAUCGGCAGCGCUGCAACGAACGCCGUUAUGUUCGCAGUGUACGAGCGCACGCUCAAGAUGAUCGACGACAACCCGCAGAACCCGACGCUCAAGUCGGUCUUCUACGCCGGCGCAGUCGGAGGCUUCUGGCAAACGGUUCCGCUGGCCCCUGCAGAGCUCAUCAAGUGCAGACUUCAGGUGCAGGACGGACGCAGGAGCAGUCAAUACCGAGGACCGAUGGACUGCAUCCGGCACAUUUUCAAGGUCAGAGGCACGCCUGGGCUUUUCCUCGGAUUCACGUGCACGCUGUGGCGUGAGGUGCCGUCCUUCGCUGUCUACUUUUGGCUGUACGAAUACACCAAGCGCAAGAUGAUCGACGGCGGCAUCUCGCCUACUCCGUCCAUGUUGACUGCCGGCGGAGUUGCAGGUGUUGCUUCCUGGGUUGUGUCUUAUCCUUUUGACGUGAUCAAGUCUGCCAUCCAGACGCUCCCUGUGAACCACAAAUUGGGCGAGCACAAGAUCGCGUACCAGGCUCGGCAGCUCUACCGGCUCGGUGGCUGGCGAAUCUUCUUCAGCGGCCUGGGCACUGCUUGUGUGCGAGCGUUCCCCUGCAAUGCCGUCACCUUCUACGGCUACGAGAAGUCCUCCGAGAUGCUCAAGAACAUGCUGGAGGACUGA